AUGUGGUUUAGAAGAGAUGAAAAACAAAGUGUCGAAAGCGACACAAAUUCUCUUGGUGAAAAGAAAAACAUCAAUGGGGAAACCGUUAAUCAAGAAGAUGAAUUGUUCCACGAUACAACCAGUGUCAAUACCGAUAAAGCUUCUAGCGUAGAUGGUGCUGGUCAUACCAAGAGAACAUUAUACAACAGACAUUUGCAACUUAUAGCCAUUGGUGGUUCUAUUGGUACUGGAUUAUUUGUUACUAUUGGUACCACUGGUCUAGUCAAUGGUGGGCCCUUGGGAUUACUAUUAUCCUAUUGCAUAUCGACAUUGUUGAUUUUAUUAUUGACUACUGCCACUGGAGAAAUGGUGCUGUAUAUGCCAGUUGAUGAACCCUUUUUGAAUAUGGCUGGUCGGGUUAUUGAUCCUGCUUUUGAAGCAGCUGCCUCCAUCAAUUUCUGGAUUAUGCAAAGUCUUUAUAUCCCAUUUGAAAUCACUGCUGUUAAUGGAAUAAUCCAUUUUUGGCGUGAUGAUUAUUCACCAGCAAUUACAUUUGUUAUUCAAAUUGCCAUAUAUGCUGCUAUCAACUUGUAUGCAGUAAGAGUAUUUGGUGAAUGUGAGUUUUGGUUUUCAUUGGCAAAGUUGAUUCUUUGUAUAGGACUAAUGUUUUUCACAUUGGUCACCAUGUGUGGUGGGAACCCACAACAUGAUGCCUUUGGUUUUAGAAAUUGGAAUGUUGCUGGUGGUCCCAUUGGAAUGAAGUACACCACUGGUAAUUUGGGGAGAUUUCAAGGAUUUUUGGCAUCGCUCAGAUUAUCCAGUACAUUCACCUGUGUUGGUAGUGAGUAUCUUAGUAUGACCGCUGGUGAGUGUGUCAACCCUAGAGUCAAUAUGCCCAUUGCUUUUAGAACCGUAUUGUAUCGUUUGGUGGCUUUUUACAUUGGAGGUGCAUUAUCAGUGUCCAUCUUGAUUGCUUACAAUGAUCCCAAAUACGUUGCCUUGACAUCUGACACUUCCAGUGCUGCUUCUUCGCCAUACGUUGUGGCUAUGCAAAAUUUAGGGAUUCAAGUACUACCGCACAUUGUCAAUGCCGUGGUGCUAACUUCGGCCUUUUCCGCUGGUUGUUCGUACACUUACACAUCUUCCCGAUGCUUGUACAGUUUGGCGAUAAAGGGUUUCGUUCCCAAAUUUUUCCGCAUUUGUACCAAGCGUGGUAUUCCAGUCUAUUGUGUUUUCGUGUCCUGUUGUUUUGCCUUGUUGUCACUUUUGCAAUUGGGUAAAUCAGGAAGUAAAGCAUUGAACUAUAUGGUCAAUUUAUGUACUGGAGCACAAGUUCUCAAUUAUGGAUUCAUGUCAAUAAUUUACAUUGGAUUCUACCAUGCUGUCAAGGCACAAGGAAUUGAUCGCUCAAAAUUCCCAUACAGGUCAUGGUUCCAACCAUAUUCCAUUUACUUCACUGCCGUCAUCUACUGGUGCAUUAUUGGAAUCUUGGGAUACCAAGUAUUCUUACCAGGAAUGUGGACAGUUGAUGACUUUUUAUUCAGUUAUGUGAUGAUUUUCGUUUCAUUGGCGGUUUUCAUUGUUUGGAAAGUUGUAAAGAGGACGAAAUUUAUCAAACCUAUUGAUGCUGAUUUGACAACUGGUCUUGACGAAAUUGAAGCUCAUGAAGCUGAGUUUUAUGCACAAUUGGAGGAAAGCAGUCAGGAUGAGAAUAAGAGUAAAUGGAAAGGAAUCAUGCAUUGGAUAUUUUAA